AUGUUUAGCCGUCGCAAGCGAAGCUCUUCUCAUCACCAGGAGGAUCGAAUUCUGCCGAUGGAACCACCCGUGCCAGGCCACAAGCUAACCUCUACGCCUUCUGCUCUCCAGCCACUCCCCACACCGGCCUCCCAAUCUGCGCAGUCCGCCGCCAGCCAUGCCUUCCUGCAGUCACAGCCAUCCUCGAGCAGCCUAUCCUCCGCCGCGGCCGCGGCAGCCCUGCGCAACCUCUCGCCCACCCCGACGCCCGUAGAAGAUGUCCAAACCAAGCGGAUGGUGCAGCGGCGGGCCUCGACUCAGUCCCAAGCGAGCCCGAUCGUCACUCGUCGGUCAGCGAGUGUCAGUGGGACUCUUCGUCGAUCGAACAGCUCGAGUUCAAUGACGGCCCGGACUUUUCGCGAGCAAUCGCCCCAUCGUCCGAUUAGCAGCUCCGGCCCCGUCGAUGUGCCUCCAUUGCCAUCCCUGCCGGCGCAGUAUGAACCGCGAAAGCUUCCGAGCCGGCGCGCUGUGAGCAUGGAGCCGACGGCACGGUUGCCCCCGGGAUCGCCAAAGUCUCCGCAACGCUCUGGGGUGCGCGGCGUGAGUGUGGACCGGGAACGUGACAGGGGGUCCGCUGCGCACUCCGCUCCCCAUCACAGGGUAACCAGCCUCAGCACGGUUCCUGAGGUAGAGCGACCCGUCAGCCGGGGUUCGGUGAAUUUCUCGUACCCGAUGGGCGUGCGCCCAAACUCUCCGAAUUCGUUUGAGAAUCGCCCGAUGAAUCUGGAUGAAGCUGCGGCUCGCGAGCUGCCUUCAUCGGACGUGACUAGUAUCCAGCAGUCUAUUUCUCAUUCUUCUGAUAAACCAGUCAACGGGAGAGCAAGGUCGCAUGUACCAGGCGGUGCAGGAGGGAACCAUGUCGAAAACAAGUCUGCGGUUACUCCUUCGGUUGGUACUGCUCUCGCUGCCGCUCAGGCAGUCAGCCCACAGAAAAGUAAUGCGCGGGUCGACCAUGUGCAUACGCAGGCUGAGCGAACGAGCGAAAGACCUUUGGCGACUAACUCGUUGGACUCUCGUGUGGGUAAUGUACGGCCUAGCGUGGUCACAAGCUCGGCAACGGAGCACCCGUCUUCUCGAGCCGUCCCCGAACGGUGGCCGUCUGCAGUCCCAGAACAGCCCGAGCCGGAAGGCGAGGAGGCGAACACCAAUAUCGCCAAUGCCCGGGAGGGUGGAAUCCGGUUAGCGAGCGCAUCGCCAACUGUCGAUCACGUCGAGGCCUUGUCGUCGCCUCAGUCAGUCUCUUCGGCCGAAUACAGCCCUGCCCCGCAACCAGAUAUCCGACAAUCAAGUAGCCCUGGCCGAUCUGCGCGUUUUUCGAAGUGGCUUUCGGUCACCACUGGCGACCAAAUGCACGAGCCUCCGCCGAGAUCUGUGUCUCCUGGAAAAUCGGCUUUGAAGCAUCCUCGAGGCAACUCAUUAUCGCCAGACAGAAAAACUGGGGUUGCUGGUCGAGGCAUUCCUCCACCCAGCGAAAUUUCGGAUGGUACCUCGGUGGCCUCGGACGAAGGACCCCGGGUGGGCGCGAGAAAGAAGCCUGUCAAGGUCAGCUUUGACGACGAGGCGGAAAUUGUCGGUGUCGCGGCCAGCCCUCCUACCUCUCCUGAAGAAUACAUCCCCGAGUCGCCACCUGGGAAAGCCAAGUCCCGAAUGAGUUGGUUCGGAGUUGGCAAGAAAAAAUCGUCGCCAGUAGAAAAUGCGACGGGCGACGACUUCUUUGAUGAGGUUUUGAAGCCCCGGCCGGUGCUCCCAUCGUUCGGUAGCGUUCGAAACCGGGAGGCCGGCUUCCAGGGUCCAAAAACUCAAGAAUUCAGCGACAAUGAUUCGACCACCUCUUCUGAAUCCCCUGUGGCCAGCACCCCGGGCUUUUCCUUCUCCAACGACCACACCUUUGGGGGAAUCCUUCUGAAGGACCAGCACAAAGAACAACCAAAACCGCAUGUGGUCGAUUCCCUCGAGCAAAAGUCUGUCAACGGCGGUUCAUCCCCAACUCAAACGACCGGUUCCGGUGUGAAGCCCGACGGGGCAGCGGUCAUUAGCUUCGCCGAGAAGCAGCCCUAUUCCGGCGUGGAUUCGCAGCUGUCGGUGCCUGCUAUCGCUGUGCAACCUGCUACACCGCAGCCUGAAAGCCACAGGUCAAGCCUUGAGCAGCCACGGUCGAGCCUCGAACAGUACAAAGUCCCUGGUGGUUUCCCGCCGCCUAACUCAGACCGCAACCUCAAGGGUGCAGCAAAUGCAACCAAGGCCGCGCCUGUGGCAAGCGCCGUUCCAAAGUUGGAUGAUAUGGACACCGAAGGUGAGUCCGGGGAUAGUGUCUACAGCGAUGCUGCCGAAGAUUUUGAUGGCGAUGGGUUUGGGUCCAUCAAUGCCAUCCUCGAUGGUCGGCCAAUGCCGCGGGCUACAGGAGCAUUGAGAACCAUCAGUGAGAGUCGCGACACGACUCCGCGACCUGCUGAUCGAGCUACAAUCGUUGACAGUCAGACGCGAGACGUGGCGAACCAAGCAUCUGAAGAAACUCGCUCCGUCACGCCGACCCAGGAAUCGGUUAAUCGACAGGUAGAGGGGUCUCCUACUUCUCCUACCAAGCUUCCCUUCGAAUCCCCGUACCCACCAUUGCCCAUCAAGUCAAAGGCUCGAGCCUAUAAGAAGCAGAAUGGUAUCCAAAACGAACAGACCUAUGUCUGUGGACGCCCAUGGGUCAUCUUACUUGCAAGAUCCUCGGUUCUCGAGCAACAAUGCUCCCCCGGGGUUGCCAAGAGCAAACCGCGACCCGUCUCCCUUGGUCCGGCUUUCCAGAGAAUGAGUGGCCCAGGCGCAUCUGCUGGGUUUCCCAAUCAUCUUCGCCGCACUUUGUCAAAUGGGAGCGAUUCCUCCAGCAGCUUCAAACGCUCCACCCCUUCGCCCCGUGAAGAUGGCCCGCAUUCCAUGCGACGGACCAUGAGAGCUGGUGGUCAAGUUCGGGUACAAUCUCCUUCGAACCGAGUGGAGUCUCCCACUGAACAUCGCCCACUGUCCGCUGGCUCAUCAACGGGCACAAUGCGAAAGACUCUUCGGGGUCCCGGUGCUGGUGGGGAGCGGUACUCGUUCUUCUCUACAAACAAAAGAGCCCCGAGGACGAAACCUGGCAAGUCAGGUCCCAAAUCGACGCGUGCCUCCCGUUUCAGAGAUUCAGAUGACGAGGGUGACGAGGAUCGGCCCCAGGUCUUCCGCAGUCGCUUUGCUGACUCCAGUGAUGAAGAUGAACCGGGCAGUAACACGCUCCGGCCCGUUCGCGGUAUUCCACGCCGUAAGGGUGCCCACGAUGGCGAUUCGACUGAGCUGGAAGACAGCUCCGAGGAAGAUCGGCGGCAACAAUCCCAACCAAUAGUUGCAGCGCCCCUGGAGCCGACUCCACCGGGGUCUCGCGACACAAACACUGGGCAUGGUAUGUCGGGGAUGGCUGCUGUGGCUCGGCAGCGUGGCAUGACGCAAAGGGAACUCGAGGAGUUCUUGAUGCAACCGCCUCGCGGCCGCAAGCCCGGGAUUCUCACCCGACUCGGCCUUAAGAAACCUAAGAACCCCGAGCAUCGGAUCCGCAAAGCAGACGUCGAGAGCCCUUCCAGAAGGGACACGCCACUGGAGCGAUCACGUCUGGAACGCGAGCACUUGCGGGGCGAGACCAUGGUGAAUGGAGCCCACGGCACCGGGACACCAGCGGCUGCUGCUGACGCCGAGCCGAAUUCGUCCUCGAAGCUCUUGAAGAAGAACCCCAAGCCACCAACGGGUAAUGAUUCGUGGCCGCUCCGCCCUGAAUCCAAGGAUGAACACAUCCCUCAGCCCGCCGCGGCCGAGCAGAAUCACAAUUCUCCCUCGUCCCCUCUCCGCGGCAAACAAGCUGAGCCGGCAGCAGACCAUGCGAGACGCAACAGCAGCCUUAUAAUAAACGGAGGCCAGGCAUCCCGUGUCUCUCCCGUCGCAGAGCCCGAGUCGCCCCGGACUGCCCGCUCUGGCCCAAUUUCGAACGACGACAACUCCGAUGUCACCGAUGUCACCGAUGAACACGGUCCCUCGGCGCGCGAUGUGGUGAUCUCUGGAUCUGGACGCAAGAAACGCUUUCCUUUUCUUCGCAAAGCACUCGGUCUCCGAGCUUAA